CACACGGCCAACCCGAGCCCUUCUCAGUGUGUUAGCGGAGGAGGCUGGGAGGAUUUAUCACCAGACGAUUGGGACAUGUCAGAAAGGUGAGCCAGAACAAGCGGGGGCUGCAUGAACACAUUAGAUACCGUGUUAAAGUGUCUGUGCUGUUUGACAAUGUAAUCCCGUUAUGUGUCUCAAAUGACCGCUGAGGUGAGCUUUAAAGUUUGAGUUGAACUAGCCAGGUCUAGCUUACUUAGUGCCAAAGCUUUAAAGCGUUUAAUUACAACUUAAAUAUAUUAAUUAUAUAUUAAAUUAUUUUAUAUGGUAACUAUCUAGCAAACCACAGGACGGGUAGUACAUAUUAAAGCUAUGGAAUAUAGAUUUAAAGCUAUAGAAGUAGCAGUGUGCAGCGAUCCCCCUCAUACAGAGACUGUUACCUGCUCAGGUGUCCUCCGCUGCCAUGGCAACGGGUUCUAAUCUGCAUUGUCAGGCCCAGUUCACUGUAACUUAAACCACACACACACACACACACACACACACACACACACACACACACACACACACACACACACAUGCUGCAGGGCUUACAUUACUCUUCAAACCGGGAUCAGGGAUGUGAGCCUGUGUCUGUCCUCCUCUUCUCUUUUUGUCUCUGUCUCAGUUCUUCAGGUGUGAACACUCUCAGCGGCAGCCUCCCCAAAUCCCACUCGUCCCAGUACUCGGACCCCGGUGUUGCACGCACUCCCCUCUCUGUGGACCACAGUCCUGAUUCAGGACUAGUAUCCACACCACUCCCAUCAAGUCGGUUCCGGUUCGUGUCGUGGCAUCGCCUGGAGCAGUGUGAUGUCAGAGGCGACCAGCUGACCUGCCCCAGGGUCAGAGAAGGACCAUCAGAGGAGGAGCUGUUUCAAAGAGAGGGGGAUGACGUCCCAGUGGAGAGAUGGACAGGGAGGAGGAGGAGGGAGGAUGAAGGGCAGAGAUGGGAGGAGAGGCUGCAAGAAAACUGGGAAAACUGUCUGGAGUUGAACCUGUCCUAUCAGAACCUGGGCGAUCCCUUCCAGAAAGAGAAUUUCCUGCGGAUCCUGCGGCGGUUGAUCCGCGUGGAGACACUGCAGCUUGUGGACAACUCCCUCACCGACCUGAGUUCUGUACGUCUGCCAAGGUGCAAAAUGUUGAACCUGCACCGGAACCACCUGGUUUGCUUGCGUCAGCUGCCAAAGCUCCCAGCAGUGGAGCACCUGUGUUUGUCUGACAACGCCAUUGGCUCCCUGGUGGGACUGGGAGCUCUGGAGAACAGCCCGCUGCGCUCCCUGACCCUGACCCACAACCCAGUGACCUUCACUCAGGACUACCGUGCACGAGUUUUCUCCUGUUUGCCAAAGCUUGAAGUCCUGGAUGCUAUCCCCAAGUUGCCAGAAGACUCUCUGCCCACCAGACUACAUUUCCCAGAAACCACCAGGAUGUGCAACAUUUUGUGACGUUCUCCUAUGGAUGGAUUCUGACUCAGAUCUC